AUGGCUUCCAGUACAACCUGGAGAUCAGAAAUUGGAUUCUCUGAUCAAGCCAACAGUGCCUUUGAAGGACGUGCAGAAGCGACCAAAUUUGAGGCCGAGGCGUUUAACGGCGCUUCGUCGAAGGCUGAGUAUCAAGCUGCAUGCCAGAAACAUAUUGAUGGGCUGAGAGGGCACCAGACCAAGGAUGAGGACCCUAACAUAUCGGAAGUCAAUCGAGCUUAUGAUCUUGACCCUCGCCCGGGCAAGCAAAUAGGGCCAUACAAAAAGGCUCUGCCUGACAAUGAUGGACUCUUUUCCACCAUUUACAAAUCAAGGAAUGCGGAUGGGUUGCUUGUGGCUUUAAAAGUUACAGUUCCGCAGAUGAUGGAACUGCCGCAUGAUUCGGUGCGUGAAGCAAGGAUAACACGCCGGGGCGAAAGUACCAAUGUCAUUCCAUUGUUGGAUACCCUGCAUGAGCCGGGUCAGAGAUUCGUCUUAGUAUUUCCAUACAUGUGUUAUCAGCUAGAUACAUUGCUGAGCCGGAAUGUCCUCUCUCCACAAGAUAUCCGGUCUCAUUUGCGAGACCUCUUUCGUGCAUUGGACCACAUACACUCACUGGGCAUCAUACACCGCGAUAUUAAACCAUCUAAUAUACUCCUUCGCUCACCAUCGGGGCCGGCGUAUCUGACUGACUUUGGUAUCGCCUGGGACCCGACAGAUCCAGCUUCCGAGCCGGCUGAUGCAAAAAUAACUGAUGUCGGAACAACAUGUUAUCGACCACCCGAGAUAUUGUUUGGCGGGAAAGAUUAUGGUCCUAGCCUUGACCUGUGGGCUGCUGGUUGUGUUGUCGCGGAAGCUAUCGAUAUGCCAACUCAUCGAAAACUCUUUGAUGCUGGUGACCUUGGCAGCGAACUGGCGUUAAUACAUUCCAUUUUUACAACCUUGGGGACACCAAACCUUGACAUAUGGCCGUCUGCCAAAGGGUUGUCUGACUGGGGGAAAAUCGAAUUUAAGCAAUAUCCCCCAAAGCCCUGGGAGGAGAUAUUGAAUGGUGUGCUACAAAAUGGUCGAGACUUGGUGCAACAGCUCGUUCGUUACGAGAGCAAGGAUCGCAUUGCGCCCUGCGAGGUUCGUGAUUCAUACGCGCGCAUAUUUACAUGGUAG